AGAUAGUCAAGUAGGAUUCCUCUGGGAAGCAACACAAAUCACUCCCAUCUGAACAAGAGGAACAACUCUGGAUCUUCACAUCGGGGCCCUCCUUCUGUUCUUGUCCAAUAUCUUCUAUUCAUUUCCCUGUUUUUGACAGGGAGAUCUCUAAGAAAAGCGGAAAACAAAGGAGACAGAGAAGGAAUAGAGGACUUGUCAAGGAUGGUGACAUCUGAUCUAAAGCUUUAGUUGAUCCUUUUCUUUCUUCGGCUGACACCAGAGAGCUCUUGGAGUAGCCGGGUAUACCCACAAUACAGGAGGGACAGUGUCUAGCCCUCCUCAGAGAUCUGGCUCAUCUGUCUGUGCCGCUUCGCUCCGGGCUUUUUUACUCUCGUUUCAACAGUAACAUUUUUUUAUAUAUAUUUUUGCCUUAGAGUCAUUUGGAUUCAGAUAACUUUUUUUCUCACCUCCUUUUAGUUGUCUUUUUCUCGUUCUGUGUGGAAAAAAAUACACGCUGUCAUUGGCAUCCACGCGGACGCCAAACUCUCACGCACCCACGUUGUUGUUACCCCCCCCCCCCCCUUAUUUACCUGUGAUCAGAGAAAACGGAAUUUUGGACCGUGGAAAAAACUGAGGGGACCAACGAUUAUUUCAUGUUCGGGAUUCAGGAGAGCAUCCAGCGGAGCGGGAGUAGCCUGAAAGAGGAACCGCUUGGCUCCGGGAUGAACGCCGUCCGGACAUGGAUGCAAGGAGCUGGGGUGCUGGAUGCAAACACGGCCGCUCAGAGUGGACUGGGUCUUGCCCGGGCACACUUUGAGAAGCAACCGCCUUCAAAUCUUCGGAAAUCCAACUUCUUCCACUUCGUUUUGGCUCUGUACGACAGACAAGGACAGCCCGUGGAGAUUGAGCGGACUUCUUUCCUCGGUUUUGUUGAAAAGGAAAAGGAAACAACCGGGGAGAAAACCAACAAUGGCAUACACUACCGACUACAGCUCCUCUACAGUAACGGUAUCAGGACAGAACAGGACUUUUAUGUACGUCUCAUAGACUCCAUGACUAAACAGGCCAUCAUCUAUGAAGGCCAGGACAAGAACCCUGAGAUGUGCCGAGUGCUGCUGACACACGAGAUCAUGUGCAGUCGGUGCUGUGAUAAGAAGAGCUGUGGAAACCGCAACGAGACACCCUCAGACCCGGUCAUCAUCGACAGGUAUUGUCUCGCACUCCUCCUAUGGGAGGGGAGAGGCCAGUGUGUGACAACUCAUAGGCCUGUAAAUGGAACUUUAAAGGAACUUAAAUAUGAUUAUCUUCUAACCCUCCUCCCUCUCCUGACCCCCCCCCCCCCCCCCCCUCACCAGGAAGUAAUACUGAAGAGGGCAGCAGACCUUGUAGAAGCACUGUAUGGGAUGCCCCAUAACAACCAGGAGAUCAUUCUGAAGAGAGCUGCUGAUAUAGCUGAAGCUCUCUACAAUGUACAGAACCACAACCAACUGACAGGACUCUCCAACAGCUCCGUCCACGCUGGCAUGAUGACGGUCAACUCCUUCUCCGGACAGCUGGCCGUCAAUGUGUCGAGUCCCCACAGGCCAAUCAGGGUGAGAGGGUUCAGCCGUAGCUCCAGCAGUGUGUCUCCCCACGGUUACGUGCCCAGCUCCACCCCCCAGCAGGGCAGCUACAGCAGCGUGAACGGCUACGCCAACACGCCCAUGAACAACCUGGGGGCCUCGCCUGGCUUCCUGAAUGGCUCCGCCGCCAACUCUCCCUACGCCAUCGUCCCCUCCAGUCCCACUAUGGCCUCCUCCACCUCCCUCCCCUCCAACUGUUCCUCCUCCUCAGGUAUCUUCUCCUUCUCCCCGGCCAACAUGGUCUCCGCCGUCAAGCAGAAGAGCGCUUUCGCCCCUGUUGUCCGCCCCCAGACCUCCCCCCCGCCCACCUGCACCAGCACCAAUGGCAACAGUCUCCAGGUGAUCCCUGGAAUGAUCGUUCCUCCCAUGUAAGCGAUGCGUGUGUACGUGUGUGUGUGGUGUAUGUGUGUGUGUGUGUCUGUGCGUGUGUAUGUGUGAGAGGGGAAGAACACACACACACCCAGCAUGGAUCUCAGUGUGUAGUUAAGGCUCCGGUUUGGGGCUGGAACCUCCAGUCCUACAAUGAAGACAGAUCCAGAAACUCAGGCGCUUUUUACAAGGAAUCACAUUUGAACAAAAUAAAUGAAUAUGGAAAAAAAACUCAAGAAACAAAAAACUGUGCAUUUGCAACAACUCGUUUUCAAUUUGUACAAAUACUCACUGAUGAUUUUGUAGAGGGAAAUAUUACCCAAAAGCCCCCAGUCUCCACCAAGGGGAAACAGUCUAUUUAUUUUUGUUUGGGAGAAGAUUCACUCCAUUGCCUUUUUGCUUUGUUGUUUUUUGUGUGUGUGUGUGUGUGAUGGAUUUAUUGAUUAUUCAAUUUGUUUUGUGCAAACUUUGAGUGACGACGCCCAUGUUUAAAGUGUAAUAUACAUCACAGAGACUCGCUAAAGGGAAUUCUCUAUUUCUGAGUGGAAACCAGAAGAAUAGAGAGACGUUUAAGUGAAGGAAAGACAGGAGUUAAAGGUGAAGAGGCAGUGAAACAGACCUGACACCCAGACCCCAUGCUGGCCAAUCAAACAGAUGGAGGGAUUCAUUUCCUCCUUUAACAGAAAGAUGAAUGGAGGAGGCUACAACCCUAAACCCCGCCCCCAUCAAAUCCCGCCCCCAAGCUCACAGGGACACACACCUGACUUGACGGAGAAUGACUUCGAAUGCUCUGCUGGUGACCAUUUGGCUAAUCAGAACCCUUUUCACAUGCCAACCAAGUGCCACCUUAGCUGUGUAACCAUGGAUGCAGUGGAGGCCUAGCCAAUCCCCUACAGACACUCCUUCCUGCAACUCAGAUGCCAUUUUGAAGGAAAACAUUUUUUGAAGGAAGGAAGGUGCCAUUUCACAGAAGUUUUUGUUGUUGUUUUUGUAUGUUUUUAAAACAAAUGAAUUACUAGGUUUGCAUUUCUUUGUGUUAUUUCAUGUGAAACUGUGAUGAAGAUGAAGACAGUGAUGAUGAUGAUGAUGAUGAUGAUGAUGAUGAUGAUGAUGAUGAUGACGACGUGUCGGCCAUUCAGAAUGUGUUUGUAUAUUCCACCAAGUCACCAAACAGGAAGUCAAACUAGCCAAUGGAGCGACAUUUCUCAUCACAAGCGCUGUAAAGGUGGACAUUGGAUAGCCAGCAAUGUACUACUCCAGGGAUGUGUUCAGCAAAUCUCUGAGUUUGAAUCAAGCAUUUAAUUUUGUGUGCGUGCGAUAGUGUUUUGUACAUAGCAAUGAGUUUGUUGUGAUUUUCCCAUAGAUUCUUUUUGCCAAAGUCAUCAUUUUGUCUCCUAUUUAACCAUUAACAUAAAGUCUUAAGGCAGCUUGUGCGUAGAUCAGUCCAGUGCUGCUCACCAACACAUCCCUCUCCCUGCCGGAGACACAGGCACAUUCUUGUUUACGGGACAAACAGAUUUAGAUAAUCAAUCUUAAACUAAAUGGUUCCACACUGUACAAAAACACAACUGAAACCAUUCGGUUUGAGCUGUAAUUAGUUCAGUCCAUUACAUGGAAAUGUGUGUAGUGAUUAAAAUACAUUUAGUAUCAAAUACAAUUAUCAGAUAGUGGAAGACACUUCUGGUGUGCUUGAAUUCAAUAUUUAGGACACCCCGUACAGUGAAACCAAUGGAACAGCGCCGAGGUCUGAGGUGAAUCAAGCACACCUGAAGUCUAACCAGUUACCUCUGAAGUUGGCCUAUCCACAUAAAUACUGCUACAGACAGGUGGAAUAACACGUCCACUUUUUCACUCCCUCUCUCUCACUAUCUCUUGCUCUCUCUCUUCCUAUCUUUUCCCCUCUCUCCCUCUCCCUCCCUCCCUCUGUCUCUCCUUGUGUGUGGGAGUGUCUGUACCUGCAGCUUAGAGCAGACCUGUGACAUCAUGCUGUUGUCUUGUGUUUAAAUGUUAUUUUGUUACAUUUCACGUCAUUCAUGUUUUUUAUAAUUGUUCAAUGAAGCCAUAUUUCCAUUUAAUAAUUCCACCCGCCUAAAAAAAGCCAUUGUCUAUUUUUGUAUCAUUUGUAAGUUAAUUAAAAUGUUUCUUGUUUUUUGUUCAUUAUUUUUAUUUUUUAUCACAUGGUAAAAACGUCAUAUUAUUCUUGUAGUAUUUAGUUCUAAAGAUUUUUAAAUUAUGUAUAAGUAUAUCAUAUGAAUAUCUUUUUAUUUUGCUUUGCGUUUUCUGAAGAAGUGAAGCUGUUUUAAACAAACAAUAUGCAUGAGAUCUUUAACACGCUUAAAGAGAGUGAAAGCAGGAAGAACAAUUUGUCAAAAAAUAUGAAAAUACUUUUUAUUUUCUAUCACAGUUUGCUUUCAUCUCCCCUUGCCAGUCAUCCCCUCAUCUCUUUACCUCCUCUUUUUCUCCCUCCACCCUUGCUUUAUUUAUCUAGGAUUUGAAACAAACACAGACGCAUCGACUGAACGAGACUUCUGAAUGCCUUAACACACACUCAUCCUCAGAUAGACAGACAGACAGACAGGCAGGCAGACUUUACUCUGGAGGUCUCUACACACUAAAUAUAUAUAGAUACAUCCAAUACACAUCUGAGUUUGAUGUAGAGAAAUCUCUCUCUGUCUCUCUCACACACUGUCUCUCUAUCUCUAUCUCUCUAUCUCAAUCUCUCUCUUUCACUCUUUCUCCCUCCAACACAGAAUUGAGACAUUUUCUUUGAUAAGGGUCAUAUGACCACUCUUUGUCAUCUUGUAUGUGCGUGUGUGUGCAUGUGUGGGUGUGUGUGUGCACCACCAUCAGUUCUCUUAAAGAGGAUGUGGUGAGUGUUUUAUUUAAUUGCUGAAGGAUGAUGACUUCACUGAGAUUGGUGAGUCUGUGUACACAUGCACUUGUAACCAUGAUGAUGAUGAUGAUGAUGAAGAGGAUAAUAAUGAUGAUGAUGAUGAUGAUGAUGAUGAUGGCAGAUACUACACACAGUCAUUUGGUCAAUAAGAACAAUCUUCUCCCUCUGCCAACCCUCACCCCCACGCCCGACUCUGCCCCCCUCCCCCCAUUCCUGGCAUUGGACCAGCCCUAAAGCAGCAUAUAUAUAUGAGUAUAUAACAAGGACACAGAGGGAGAAUCAAACUACUGUAAAGAUGCUCAUUUUUGAUGAACUUUGAAGAUGUAAAAAACACUUUUCAACUUUCACUAUAUUUAAUUAAAGUUCCAU